CACCCGGCUCUCUUCAACUGUGGCUGCUGCUUCUUGUGAUGGUUGCCAUCCCACAUUGUGACAUUGGGCGAUGAUUGCACCUGCAAACAAGGAACAAUAAAAAGUCCUUUUUUUUUUUGGCAGCAGGUAACUCUUUAGAGUAGAAGCAGAAAGAUAUAUUUUCAGCUGUAGAAUAUGUGGAGGCUCAAGAUUGCCAAGGGUGGACCGUGGCUCAAGAGUGGCAACAGUCACAUUGGAAGAGAAACAUGGGAGUUUGAUCAAGAUUUUGGAUCAAAAGAAGAGAGGGAAGCUGUUGACUCUGCACGGGAAGAAUUCAAGAAGAACAGGUUCCAAAUGAGACACAGCUCCGAUAUUUUGGCCCGCAUGCAGUUAGCAAAGGAGAACGGUUUCAGUCUUGAUCUACAGAAGACAAAAGAUGAAUCUCCUUUAGUUAUAAACUCCAGCACAGUGUCGGAGAUACUGAGAAAGGCACUUAAUUACUUCUCAGCCAUACAAGCACACGAUGGGCACUGGCCAGGAGAUUUUCCAGGUCCAUUGUUUACCACAGCAACCAUGAUUAUAGUUCUAUACGUCACAGAGUCAUUAAGUAGUACACUAUCGUCAGAACACUGCAAGGAGAUUUGUCGUUACCUGUACAACCGUCAGAACAUGGACGGAGGAUGGGGGCUACAUGCAGAAGGUGAAAGCUCCAUGCUUAGCACAGCUCUCAACUAUACUACUCUAAGGCUACUUGGUGAGAAUAUAGAUGAUGGACCAGAUAUGUCUAUGCUUAAAGCAAGAAAAUGGAUACAUGAUCAUGGUGGUGCAACAAUGAUACCAAUCUUGGGGAAAGUGUGGCUCUCGGUGCUUGGAGUUUUUGAAUGGUCAGGUGUAAAUCCCAUCCCCCCAGAAUUGUUUCUUCUUCCAUCAUGGGUUCCUAUUCAACCAGGACGAUUGUGGAGUCACUUCAGAAUGGCAUUCAUUCCCAUGUGCUAUUUAUAUGGCAAGAAAUUUGUCGGCCCCAUUACGAGAUUGGUUAUGUCACUAAGGGAAGAGCUACAUAUUCAUCCCUAUAAAAAGAUUGACUGGAAGCAAGCUCGUAAAUUAUGUGCAAAGGAAGAUGUGUAUAAUCCACAUACAUGGCUACAGGAGUGUCUAUCUGACUGCCUUUACAGUUUUGGUGAACCUUUUCUCACACGUUGGCCAAUUUCCUACAUGAGAAAGAAAGCCCUAAAACAAGUGGCUGAAUUCUUGAAAUACGAAGAUGAGAAUUCUCAAUACAUCUGCAUUGGUGCCGCACAGAAGGCAUUGUCCAUGUUGUGCUGUUGGAUCGAAAAAUCCAACUCAGAUGCAUUCAAGCGCCAUUUGGCUAGAGUUGCUGAUUUCCUAUGGAUUGGUGAAGAUGGCAUGAAAGUGCGGGUCUGUGCUGGUCAACUAUGGGAUGUUGCUUUUGCAGUCCAAGCAAUAUUAGCAUGUAAUAUUGCAGAAGAAUAUAGAAGCACCCUCAAGAAAGCGCAUGAUUUCAUAAAAGCCUCCCAGAUCAUGGACAAUCCUUCUGGUGACUUCAGCAGAAAGUACCGUCACAUAUCUAAAGGAGGGUGGGGCUUCCAGGUUGCAGAUCAGGGGUGGCAGGUUUCAGAUUGCACAGCAGAAGCUCUUAAGGUUUUGUUAAUGCUGUCCAAAUUUUCAUCAGACAUUGGUAGUGAUCAGAUGGAAACAUGCCGCUUAUAUAAUGCAGUGAAUGUAUUAUUAUCCUUACAGAACCCAAACGGUGGCUAUGGAACUUGGGAGCUAGCUCGCACAUAUCCAUGGAUGGAGAUUUUCAACAUGACAGAAAUAUAUGCAGACAUCAUGGUGGAGCAUCAGUACGUCGAGUGUACCUCAUCAGUCAUGCAAGCAUUAGCAUUGUUUCAGGAGAAGUACCCUUGGCAUCGAAAAGAUGAGAUAGAUCAAUGCAUUAGGGGAGCUACUGAAUUCAUUGAGAAGUUACAGAAUGAUGAUGGCUCAUGGUUUGGAUCUUGGGGUAUUUGUUUCACAUAUGGCACAUGGUUUGCUAUUGAGGGUCUAUCAGCUGUUGGACAGAGUUAUGGUAACAGCACUUGUAUCCGGAAGGCCUGUAAGUUUCUCUUAACAAAGCAGCUAAACAAUGGUGGAUGGGGUGAGAGUUAUCUUUCAUCAAGAACCAAGGUAACCAUUUCUGGUAUGCUUUUGCAAUGUAGAUGGACUGCAUCUUUCAUCAAGAACCAAGCUAAACAAUGUUUUAGAGCAUACACAAAUCUGGAUAGGCAGAAGUCACACAUAGUGAACACUGCAUGGGCAAUGUUGGCGCUCAUGAAAGCUGGACAGGUGGAAAGAGAUCCUACUCCACUGCACAAAGCUGCAAGACUUAUCAUGAGUAUGCAGCUCGGCAAUGGUGACUUCCCACAGGAGGAAAUGAUUGGAAGUUUCUUGAAAAAUGGUCCCUUGUGCUACAUGGCUUAUCGUAACAUAUUUCCUAUAUGGGCGCUUGGAGAGUAUCAGAAAUUAGUCCUCCAGUGUGACCUCCAACGGCCAACCUUCUAGCCAAAAGCAGCAAAUACAAUUCCAUCUGCUGACAGUGCUACUUUGCAUAAUUUGGUAGCUGUGGUGCCAUCUUGAUUUGUCGAAAAGAAUUGGAAGGUAUCAUAUGCCUUCGAGUAAAACAAUAGUGCAAAUAGUACAGUGUAAUCAAGGUGGUGUGAAUAUCUAAAGUUUUAGAACAAAAAAUGUACACCCAUAAUUUGUUGCAUUAUUUUUUACCACUGUAAGAGAACCACAUUCUUCA